AUGCUUGGACGAUCAAAUCGAAAUUCAGACCACCCCAGUCAACGUAAUCUUGUCCAAGUUUAUACAAAUUUACCUCCAGGAAUCGAUUCAAAAGUGACAGCUUAUCUCAUCUUAAUUGUCCGCCUCUUUCGCCCAAACUCGUCAUACACUGGAUCGAAGCGUGUGGAAUCGGGAAGUAAUUCUUUGAAUGACAUUUAUGUACAAGUUCGAUGGUGGGGUGAACCGGUUGCAAAGAAAUGCGCUAUAUUUUACCCCCGACUAGCGCAUAAAGUUGGACAUAAACAGGCAACAUGCACCAAAGCUCGCUACAGAAUCACCGUACCAUUAGAUCGAUUUAGUGCUUAUCUUAAAGAUAUGCGGGAACUGCGUCUGGACGUUAUUGAUAUUCGUCAUCAACGUAUUAUUGGACGUGGACGACUAGAUAGAGUUGAUCGUUUGACUGCAACUACGCCAAUUGAUACCAUUUUACCCGUUAUUAAUGAAGUUGGCGAAAAAUUGGGCGAUUUAAAUAUAUCUAUAAUGAUCGAACCAGUUUUAAAUUCAAAUUCUAAGCCCAUGGUAACACGAUUUAAUUGGAGAAAAAUAGAUCAUGAUAAAUUAUUUGAAAAUAAUAAUACUACUAUUGACAAUAAUCAUGAUAAUGUUGAUGAUAAACAACAACCAAUAGAAAAGGAUGAAAAUUCAAUGAAUUCAUUUAAACAAGAACAUGAAAUUUCACUUAAUAAUAGUGAUCAUAAUGUUAUAAAUGAACAGAUUGAUUCUAUUCAAUUUCAACAAAGUAAUGAUGUUGUUAAUGAACAUCCGGUUGAUUUAGACAUUGGAUCUCUUGAUCAAGAUAAUUAUCAUUCAUCUCAUACUGUGAAUUUACUUGAUAAUUCAAAUAAUUAUAGAUCAUGUACAACUAUUCAAGGUCAUGGCAAGGAAUUAGUCAAUAACGACAAUGAUAGUUUUUCAAUUCAUCAAGAAAAUAACAAUGAUGCUAAUUUUUCAAAAAGAGAAGAGCUGUUAUCUUUUGCAUUAGAGAAAAGUAAACAUUUACGUGAAGCAUUAAGUUGUUCAUCAAUUUUCAACCAACAUGAUUAUAAUGAGAACGAAACUGAUGAUAAGAAUAAUAUGAAUGGGUUGAGAGAAUCUCGAUCUUAUACCAGUGAUGGACGUUUCUCAGACGGUUUAACACCAAAUAAAUUACAUCAUCAUUCAAGUCCUGAUCUUCGGAGUAUCAUGUUUGAAGAUUGUACACAUAAUCAUGAUAAUCGCAUUCAUUUAGCAUCACAAUUGAAAACCAAAUCAAAUAAUCUUAAUUUAAUAAAAUAUAUUCUUGACAAUGAAUCAUUCGAUGAUCCAGUUCAAGUCACUACACACAAUCAUCAUAAUCAUCAUCGUCAGCAUCACGCUAAUUGCAAAAAAUGUGUGCAUUUAGAAAAUUUAAUGUUCACCAAUGGUAAUAAUUGUGAUCUAGUUGUGGAUCAGGGAAUCGGUGUCACUCAAAACUAUCCGUUGUCAAAGAAUAACAUGAAUGUUCAAUUUGGAAAUUCAGAAUAUGUAAAAGAAGAUGAUGAAUUAAUUGAAAAUUUAUUAUAUAACAAAGAAAAUUCUAUCGACGAAAAUGAAUUGUUGAAUUCAAAUAAUUUAUUCAAGCAAUGUAAUAACGUACAAUCAUUAAAACAGGAUACUUUGAAUGGAAAAACUAUGAACCAACAUUGUCCGAAUAAUUUAUCUAAAUCUGGUUGUACUCUGAAAGGAGCCAAUUUACACCUUAAAUGUUUAAGUUUAUGUAGAAAAUAUGCCGAAAAUAAAAUUUCCAAUGUUGUUAACUCUUCUAAAUCUACAUUGUAUGAAACAUCAAGAAAUCCAACAAAACUGUCAUUACAAAAAUCUCAUCCAAUGUCAUUAUCACCAGUAUUGCCAUUUAAUAAAGUUAAAUCGAAUGACAUCAAUACUUUAUUGGACGGUAUUUUUAUGGAGUUAGAAAUAUCUGUUCCAACGUUGUCAUCGUUAUCAUCAUUCAAUAAAAUCGGUGGUACAUGGACUACAACUAGUUUCACAUUAUCUACAGAAUUACGUAAUCAGUUUGAAAUUAAAUCAGCUAAACGAAAACAACAAAACGAUGAUGCAUAUGUUAAUUUUUAUUGUCUAACAAAUAAGAAAAUAAAUAGUUCUAAUGAUGCUUAUGUUCAAGUCGAUUUCAAUCAUCGAUCAUGUUCCAAUGAUAAAGUCAAUACUCAUGACAAUCAUAUUCGUUUACGUUUAUUUCGUUUAAGUAAUCCUGUAAAAGAUGAAGAUACUACACAGUGGGAAUCAGAAUUGAUUGGUGUGAAUUUUGUCAAUCCAGAUGAAAUUCGUUCAAUUAUCUUAUCGAAUGUACAUUUGAAUUCAUCUAAUCCUACAACUCCCUUAUAUAUUCAUCUAUGUUCUGGACAAAAAGUGAAAACUAAUCAUUCAAAUGUGAUUGGUCGUUUAGAAUUUGAAGUAGAACCAAUUUGGAAUACCAAUGUUACAUCGAGAAAUCAAAUGAAUAUCAACAUGUUGAAAAAAGAUAAUGAAUAUUUGGGGUCAAUUCAAAAGUCUAUGAAAAAUGAUGAAUUUCAUCCAGUUCAAAAUUCAAUGUAUCAUAAACCAGAUGUUACGAAAGCAAUAGUUUCGUCAAAUACUGUCAUAUUAAAUACAAUUCUACAUAUAUCAGAAGGUAAAGAAUUAAAACUUUCAAAUAAUUAUCAUAAUAAACAAUUAUUAACAUCAAAAUAUAUCACGAAAUUGCCGAAUGAUUGUAUUAUGAUUGAACAUUCUUAUUUAAUUGUACGCUUACCUUGGUGUCACCAAAUUCACUCAUCAUCCGAUUUGUCGACGAUUAACUUAGAUCAAUAUCAUUCAAAUGUUGCCUGGUUAAGUGGAUCAUGUCCACAAUAUGCAUUCACCAUUAGAUCACAAUGUUUAUUAAAUCAGAAAUCAGUUACUCGUUUGGUCAAAUCAUCUAUUGUUUUAGAGGUGUGGUCUAAAUGGAUGAGUGGCUUACCGGAUCAUUUAAUUGGACUUGUGAAGAUUCCAACAGAUCAACUGGUAAAACUUUAUGCUCAUUACGAUUUGAUUACAUCACAAAUAUGGUGGCAUUCAAAUAAUGUGAUACAAAGUUUAUUGAAGGCACAACAUCCGAUGAUUCCUGUGGAAACAUGGUUGCCAAUAACUGAUCCAUUCUCUGGUUGUGAAAACGGUCAAAUUCAUGUUCUACUCGCUGUUGGUACACAAGAACAAAUCGAUAAUUUAUUAACACUACAAAAUUUGAAAUGUACUAUUGAUGUGGAUAAUAAUACCAUUAUGAAUGCAGCAGAUCAAAGUAGAAAAAACGGUAUUAUUGAAUGCAAAGAGAUUAUGAAGGAUAAUUUAUGUGUAGAUUUAACAGUUGAACAUAGAAUCGGUAUAACCAUUGAACAGUUGAUUGAUUUCGAUCCACACAUCCCACUUCAAUAUGAUUCAAAUUAUAAUGGAGCUGUACCAUGGGGUGAUUUAGAUUGUUAUGUUCAAUAUUUUUUUCCCACUGAUACAAAAGCUAAAUGUUUAGCUAGCACUCGCACCACUACUCAAAUGCUUAAUAAGCCACCUAUGAUAACUAAUAAUACUAUUCAAGAAAAAGCUGAGAAACAUAUCUCCUGUGAAUUCAUAUCUGAAAAUUCAUUGAAAAACAAAGAAAACGCAUCAUCAUCUACGAUAAAAUCGCCACCGUCUUCCUCAUCAUCAUAUUGGAGUCACACACAUAGACUGUGUACAAAUUUACAAAUAACUUCAGAAUCACAAAAUAAGAUGGAUUUAAUCAGGCCAAAAAUUGAAACGGAAUUUAUUCAGUGGAUUUUAGAUAUGUUGACUCGUGCAGAUUUUGAAAGUAAUAAAUUAAAUUUGAAGCGAGGUCUAUUAAUUGAACUUUGGUUACGUAUCUAUUCACCUAAUCUACAUGAUUGUUUAGCUGCGAAAGGAUAUAUUCCAGAAGAAUUAUUGUGCAAAUUAAUUCGUAAAAAUAAGCCAUUAAAAUGUAGAGACGAUGAAGAGGAUGAUCGAAACCAUGAACAUAAUCAUCAAUCAAUAAAAUUUUGUAUUGAUCUGUAUGAUGUGAACAGCAGUAGUGGAUUUUUAAAUGGGAGAUUACAAAUUAGUAUGGAUUAUUGUUAUAACAUCACCAAUCAUUGUUCUAUAAAAUUUGAUAACACAUUAACCAAGUCAUUAACAACACAACCUACAAAUCUGUUUAACAAACAAUCUAUUCUAAUUUCAACUUCAUCAAAUCAACCAAUUCAUAAUUCAAUAUUAAUUCUACCAAGUCAAACACAGUUUAAUCAUCGUAUUCAAAUAUGUUUAGAUGGAAUAAGUGGAAUAAAUUUAUCAAUAAUGAAGCAUUUUAAUGAAAUAUCUUAUUCAUCAAAUAGAACAAUUCAUGCACGUUUACAUUGUUUAUUAUUAAUACCAAAUGAUAAAAGAUAUUCUCAAUCAAUAAUUAAUGAAUUAUAUCAUGGUUAUUUAAUUAAAUCUGUUAUUAGUUCACCAAUAUAUAAUUCAUAUUAUACAAUGGAAUUAAAUUGUAAAUUAGAUUUACAAUUACCUACUUCUUGGUUUAUUGCAUAUCAACAAUAUAAUUAUCAACCUAAUUUAAUAAAUAAUCAAAAUAAUAAUAAUAAUAAUAAUCAAUGA